UCACGUGACCCGCGAGUCCUGUUUGUAAUGAAAGCCUGGAAGUUGGAGUGAUGUCGGUGUGAACUUAUAGUUGUGCUACACCUUUUAAAUAACAAGCGAAGCAGCGUCUGUCUGUUAUUUUCAAAAUGGCUGAGAAAAACCAGGACCCGCUGAGCUAUUUUGCAGGCUAUGGCAGCAGCUCUGAGUCAGAAAGCAGCGAUUCUGAUGAGGAAAGUAAGACUUCGGUUGGAAAUAAGAACAGGAGUACCGCUGGAGGCACACAAGGGAAUAAACCACCUGCAGGUGGAUCUGCCGCUUUACCUAAACCGGACGAACUAUUUAAAUCUGUGUCCAAACCUUCCUUCUUGUAUAAUCCACUCAACAAACAAAUAGACUGGGAACGACACACCGUGAAAGCACCGGAAGAACCAGCAAAGGAAUUUAAAGUAUGGAAGACCAAUGCUGUGCCCCCACCAGAGUCAUACGCCACAGAACAGAAGAAAAGUGCGCCCCUAGGAAUGGACAUGGCGAUCAAGUGGUCCAGCAUGUACGAGGACAAUGGGGAUGAUGCUCCGCAGCCUGCAGGGGAGCAGGCCCGGUUUCUGCCUCCAGAUGAAGAGCCCUCUGAAUCAGAUGAUGAGGACAAAGAUGAGCCUUCCUCUGCUAAGAAGCGGAAAGUGGAAACCUUUCAGCAGAAGGAGAAAAGGAAACGUGAAGCAGGGCAAGCCAGCACAGAGCAGAGCUUUGUAGAGGAGGAGAAAAGGGUUCUCCGACAAAGUUUUAAUUCUUAGCGCUUGGAGCCCAACAGGACUUUAGCCUGAAAGCGUGGGCACGUAUUGACCUGCCUGUGAAGCUAACUGCAGGCUUACAUUUAAUUUUGUAAGUGUUCUUACAGUAUGUAGGUGAGAAACAUACAAAGGACUGCAUUGGCCUGCAUGCUCUAUUUGCAAACAUUAUUUCAAGACAAGCCUUUUUACUGUACGAACCUUUUGAAGUAAAAAAGUUGAACUUGUUUUUUUUAAAUAAAGAGAAGGUUAAUAUAAUAUUGUUGAUUACUGCAUGACUGACCAUGAAACAGGCACAACAAAUACGUUGGGGGUUUGUAUCAAGAAGUAGAGUUUGGUUCCUUUCAAUUACUUCCAACUUAAAGGCGCUAACACAAUAAUUGCAAUAAAUCUUACCUAAUAUGAACCUUCCCUUCCUUGGUCUCACAUUUCACUAUUAUGAUACCUAUUAGAAGUUAUUUUUUUGUAGCCAUUAACGAACAAUAAUUUGCUUGCUGCUUUUGUACAUUUCUGUGGUGUGGUGAAUGCAGACAUUGAAAACAUGAGACAUACUGUAGGUGAUUGGUUACUUAGAUAGGUGCCUUUCACGUAGGAAAACGUGAAGCCUAUCAAGUGAUGAAAAUUCACGCUAGCGAAAUUCACAAUAUUUGAAUUAUUUUGUUAACUCUGCCCUUUUAGCAAAAGCACAUCUGAGUGUAAGAAGUAAUGAAUGAAUUGAAACACUACAGUGUUUCCAUCUCCAAAACUGUACAGUGUGUGUGAGUUUUUCUGAAUUUUGUAGCACAGAAUACGAAUGUACUGUAUCAUUAGAGGAUUGCUCUCACUUUCAAGGUUGCAUUUUUAUUCUGGCUGUGGCUUUGUGUUUUUUUCCAGUUCAAACAUGGUCAUUGUUUCCUUAUUUUUAUAUGCAUUACAUUGUUGAGUAAUCAGUUGUAUCACUAAAUAACACAUUUUAUUUUUUUAACACAAUAACACACGUUUUUUGGGGGGGGAAUUCCCUGUCACAUUUAAUCAGAUUCCCUGGCUGAUGCCAAGUUUGCUCUUAAUAAAAAAAAACUU